CGCACGGCUCGACCCGGCAGGCAGGACGGACGGUGCAGGCGGCGACGACGGUGUGACUGUGUGCCCCCGUUGGCCGUCUCACCAACCAUAGCGUCACCAGAGAAACAUGCCCUGGUUCAGAUCUUUCAAGUUAGGACAUGUACAAAUUAACAAAAGGCAUCAAGAAGAAAGUUAAAGGCAAGAAAAAGCCUACCGAAGAAGAGCUUGAGCAAGAAGAGCUUCGGCAAUAUCGUCUUGAGAAGCAGCGAGAGCAGGAACUUCGCGAACAGGAGCAGCGAGAGAAAGAAGAACAAGGUCAGGGUGACGAAGGAGCCGAGGAUUCGACAGCAGCGGGAGCUGCAGCGGCUCCUCCAGAGGAGUCGGGGAAGCCACAGCAGAAGCCGGCAGAGUCAGACGAGUGGGCCAAGUUCCGGGCGCUCACAUCCGGCGUCGACUCCGUUCUCAGCAGCACAAAAGAGAGUCUCCAGACUAUCAAGGAAACAAGCUACUUCAUCAAGAAGAAGCCAGCUUCUGAGCAAGAACCUGAGGUAGAAAAGAAGCCAGUUGCUCCAGAGGUCAGCAAGCCGAAGUGGGUCGACGUAGAUGUUGAGGAAGAGUCACCAGAGUCUGAGACAGAGCCUGAACCAGUAGAACAGCCUGUUGAAUCUCAGAAAACACCCUCUCCGGAGAAGAAGCGUGACCUUGAAGAGGUUUUAUCCGAGGUUGAGAAGCUAGAACGUGCUCAGUAUUUCGAAGAGGACGUCUUUAACACCGAGUACGUUGACGCCGUCAAGGAUAUCAACCUCGCUGUUAUCCCUGAUAGUCCAACAGAGGACGGCGACGACCCUUUCGAUACAUCAGCGGUUGACGAGGUCCUACGUGAAAAGCCAGAAGAAAUCAAGAAAAAGAAACUUAAGGCUUUCGCGCUAGGCAAAGCAGUUGAAGUCCUUAGCGGUACCCAGAAAGAUAGUGAGAAGUCCGACGAGCAGGUAGAAGCUCCAGUUGCAGCUGCUCCUAAGAAAUCACGCCGUCGGGAGCGAGGUGUUUACAGACGAAAGGGCUCCUUGGACCUACUUGAAACAUCUGAAGCGGCUCUACCCUCGGAGGACAUCAGAGUUACCAAAAGUGCAACUGUUUCUCCGACAGAGGAGGCGCCGACAAAGAAAACACUUCUUGAUGAGGACAUUGAAGAUGGUGGAGAAUUCGAGCUAAAUCUAGCCGUAACACCUGACUUCCACAAGCCGCAGCCAGUACCCGAAAUCGUAAAGAGCAAAGACAACAGCCCCACUGAAUCCCACAACCAGAUUAUCAGUGAUAUUGUCAGCGAGUUCGAUACCAAGGCUGAGCCUUCUCAGGCUGGGAGUAACGAGCAGAUUCUUACAGCCAAACCACCUGAUGAAAACGAUCUAGAGUUUGAUUCUCUUGCAACCGAAUCACUUCUUCGUGCCAAGGAUCGCGAGGAAAUCAUCGGUGACGACGACCCAUUCGAUACAUCUGCAGUCACACAAGUCCUGGGUGAAGACAAGACUGCUGACACAGUUGACUUUGACGAAGAGGAAGUCAAGUUUGAGGCCGAUUUUGGAGAAGCAAAGCCGAGACCAUCUCGUCCUCCACCGCCUGUGAUUAUCACUUCUCCAGAAAAAGAGACACCAGACUUUUUGACAUCUAACGAACAUCACGACUACGAACCUCUCCCCGAGCCAAUCAAGUUUUCAAACGAACAGGAAAAGAAGCCUGAUAACAAUCAAACCAGCCAGGAAGAAGAAGAGGAAGUUGAUCCCUUUGAUACCACCGCUGCAGACAAGCUUGUCGGAACCGAAAUCAAGCUUCUCGAGCAGGAGCUUUUCGACUCUUCCGACGCACCAGGAUCUGAGCAGACAUCGGUCCCCGUUGCAAACGAAGACGACUUUGACUUUGACCCUCGUGCAGGAGAAGAGAAAUCGGAACCAGAUCCGUUCGAUACAUCAUUUGCCGGAGGGUUUGUCUCGAAACCUGUUGACGCAGCAGAGCUUCUAGCCUCGACGCCAACGCAAGACUCUACGCCCGUUGUUUUACCAACGGAGCAGGUAACAGAUUCAACCUCACAGGCAGAGGUCGAUCCAUUUGACACAUCUAUCGCGGACACUUUCGGCAACGUCGAGCUGCAAGUACUAGAGACCGAACUUCUGACAACACCUGAGCCAGCUGCAGUAACAGAUCUCGCAACAAAACUAGAUCUCUCGGCAACCAGCGCACCGCCACGACCUCCUCCACCUGCUCCUAAGAGUGAUUCUACCUUUCCGGUAGCAUUUGACGUGACACCUGAGCCAAAGCCUGAACCUCUUCCAGAGCUCCUUACCCUAACUCCUGAAGAGGAGCACGCGGCUCCUGUUGAGCUAGUUCCACAGCGCCCGGAGGACCCGCCUGAAGAGAUCGAUCCGUUCGACACAUCCAUCGCCGACAAAUUCGGCACUGUUGAGGUAGGGGUGCUCGAGCAGGAGUUGCUUGGAGCGUCCCCCGCUCCGGCACCAAAACAGCUCACCGAACUUCUUCCCAACUUAGCCGAAGAGAUUACAGUUGCAAAGUCCGGUACGAACAGUGUACAAGAAGAACCAGGCGCAGAAGAGGAAGAAAGAGACGUCUUCGAUACGUCUUACGUUGACCCUGCUAGUAUCGUACAUCCAUCGGAGGUUGACGGCGCUCGUUUCACGAAACCAAGCUCCCUGAGUGUAUCUGAGAGCUCGGCAGCACUGCUAGCCUCCACUCCUGAGGACCCCAAUCCACUGCUCCAGCCCGUCUCUGCUACCGGGAUCCAGUCAGAAACAGAGGAAAUCGACCCAUUCGAUACAUCCGCCGCAGAACAGUUCGGCCACACCGAGCUGCGCGUCCUCGAAAGCGAGCUUCUCGGUGAAGUACGCUGCUCACAACAGCCACCGGCAAGACCCGCACCCCCGCGACCAGCCCCUCCCCGGCCGACUCCGCCCGCUAAGCUGCCCGCCUCCCUGUUGGCACCUUCUGCAGACGAGCUUCUUGCGGUAACUCCAACCUCAGAGCAGGCACCGACGCUACAGCCAAGCGCGGAUCUUCCACCACCGCGACCACUUUCCCCAGUUGCUCUCGAUCCGUUUGACACGUCGAUUGCCGAUAAGUACGGUGCCACCGAGCUCCGCGUCCUCGAGCAAGAGUUCGCCGGAAACGAGGCGGCAUCGCCGGCGCUGAAACGGUCUGUGAGCGACCCUGAUUUUGAUCCGCGCGGAGAGGAGAAGGUAGCCAGGCCGGCUACCCCGAAGGCCGCAGCUGGUGCGGUUGGCUGUCUUUUGGACGCUGAUACCGGAGCUCCAGGCGCAGGGCAAACACUGACGGCAACUGUUGUGUCAGCUCCGGCUGUUGAAGAACCCGAGGAAGUCGAUCCGUUUGAUACAAGCAUCGCCGACAGUCUGGUACCUGGAAAGGGAGAGAUUCUGGCGCUUGAGCGUGAACUGCUGCACUCAUAA